CCAACUUGGCGGCUCUGGGGUGAAGAAAAAGAAGAAGGAGUUAUUUAUACUGUUUAUCUGAAGAAAGUUCGCUAUCAUAGACCUACCAAAAGUGUUUCUUCAGAUUCAGAAGAUGAAAUUUCACAUCUUGAAUGGGAAACAGUACGUAUUAGAUUUGUAAAAGCUGCUACAUUGGAAAAGUUAGUUGAAAAUCUUGUUAGUGAUGAUGGUGAACUUGAAAGUACUUAUAUCAAUGUUUUUCUUGCAACAUAUCGCUCUUUUGCUACGCCAAAACAACUCCUUCAGCUCUUACUUCAAAGAUUCACACAAUUUGUUGACAAAGAUCAAGAAGAUUUAAUAUAUCAACAACAUAAAAAGUUUAUCAAACUGUUAUCGGUUUGUACUUUAAAGAAUUCUUUUUAUGUGUUGUUCUUACAAAAUAUUUAUUGCAGGGCAUUAAUGCUAGCACUUCGAGUAUGGUUAGAUUCUUAUCCUGAAGAUUUUAGAGAGCCUUUAGUGCACUCAAAUCUUCAUGAAUUAAUUAAUUUCACUCGACAAUAUUUGCCAGGUUCAGAAUUAGAAGCAAAAGUUAAACACAAAUUAGAUCGAUUUGUUCGUGAUGAUCAGUAUGUGGGUAAGAUAUUUGCAGUAAUAAAUUACAAUGUUACAUCAAUUAUAAAUAUAUUAAAAAUAACAAUGCUUAGCUUAAUUUUUUUAUUACUAAACUUGUGCUUUUAUUUUAUUUUAUCAACGGUUAACCAAUUCAAUGCUGUCUCAUUUAGAGUAAUUAGCACCAUAUUAAUGAAUUCUGAUACAAAAACUGUUGACAGAGCUUCUAUUAUUUCUGCUUGGAUUGACAUUGCUCAGGAACUAAAAGUAUUGAAAAACUUUUCAUCAUUAAAAGCAAUAAUUUCGGGGUUACAAUCGAAUCCUAUAUAUAGACUCGAGAAAACAUGGGCCGCACUUUCCAGGGAUAAAGUUGAAUUAUUUGAAGAACUAGCUAGAAUAUUUAGUGAAGAAAAUAAUCAGUGGGCGCAAAGAGAAUUACUCAUUCGUGAGGGUACGGCAAAAUUUGCAGAUACCGUCGGACAAAAUGAUAAACAUUUACAAAAAGUUUUUCAAAAAAGAUUAAAUAACGCAGGGACCAUUAGUCACGGAACCAUUCCGUAUUUAGGAACAUUUUUAACUGAUUUAACAAUGAUUGACACAGCCAUUCCUGACACGGUGGCUGAGGGCCUUAUUAAUUUCGACAAACGGCGUAAAGAAUUUGAAGUUUUAGCACAAAUCAAACUUCUUCAGGGUGCCGCCAACGCUUAUAAUAUUCCUCAAGACCCGUUAUUUAAUUGUUGGUUUGAAUCUCUUCUCGUGUUGGACGAUCGAGAAGCAUAUCAGUUAUCGUGUCAAAUAGAGCCUCCUCCACCGGGUACCGCAAACAUAUCGACAUUAUCUAAAUUUAAGAAAAAAUCGGGCCAUAAAAAAAAUGAUUCAAUAGCAAGUACAGGGUCUAGUUCAUCAAGUUCGCAAUUUUAUUACGAUUUAGAAAGCAUACCUUCUUCUCGUCAUAAUUCUUUAGAUAGAAAGGUUAAUAAAUAA